CCUUUAUAUGCAUAAUAUUCUCUCUUCACUAUUUCUACCAGCUCAUGCUUGAACAAAGGCAUGGCUACCUUUUCUUUCUUUGCUUCACUUUUGAUCUCAAUAUUUUUAGUACAUUUGUGUUUGUACCAUGAGGUUGAAAGUGUUGAUGAUCAAUUGAUCAGCACACAUAGAGAAGCCUUGGAAAUCAUUAUAGGUGGAGGAGGUGUAAAUUCUCCUCCUGCCCCUCCUCCUGAAUAUGAAGAGUGCCCUCCCCCUCCUCCCCCUCCAUGCCCUCCACCACCGUCAUCAUCACCGCCACCUCCACCACCAUCACUGCCAUCAUCACCGCCACCAAUGUCGCCGCCACCGCCACCGCCAAAACCAAAAUCGCCUCCACCGCCACCGCCACCAAAAUCGCGGCCACCACCUGCCCCAUACCCGUUUGAGAGCCAGCGAAUUGAACUUGCCUACCAUGUGUUUCAAAAUUUCCGUCCCUUAAUCAAGUCUGACCCGAAUAACUUCACAAAGUCAUGGCAGGGUCCUAAUGUUUGCAAGUACAAGGGCGUUGUCUGCGCUAUUCAUCCUCGCUACAAGCAGAAAGCAGUUGCUGGUUUAGACAUCAAUGGCGCUCUGUUUGCCGGGGAUAAUGCUAAACUCCCCCUGGAUGGCUUCCUUGACAAGUUAGAGGACUUGGCUUUCUUCCAUGCAAACUCCAACAAUUUCACAGGCUCAGUCCCAAAAGACGUUUCCAAACUAGAAUUCUUCUACGAGCUUGACCUCAGCAACAACAAGCUAAUCGGAGGCUUCCCUAAUGAAGUUCUUGCGGCCACAAAUUUGACAUUUUUGGACCUCCGGUUCAACUACUUCGCCGGUUCAGUCAGACCGGAAGUCUUCAAACUAGAUGUUGAUGUGCUCUUCCUCAACAACAACAAUUUCAAUCAGAAGAUUCCUGACAAUCUUGGUUCCUCACCAGCCCAUUACUUCACUUUUGCUAACAACAAGUUCACUGGUCCAAUCCCAAGAAGCAUUGGCCAAGCAUCCAAAACCCUUUUUGAGGUUCUCUUCCUUGGGAACAAACUUACAGGGUGCCUGCCGUAUGAAAUUGGGUACUUAAACCAGGCCACGGUGUUCGAUGUCAGCUCGAACUUAUUAACAGGCCCAAUACCACACUCAUUCAGCUGCUUGGCCAAGAUUGAGUAUCUAAACUUGGCCAGCAACAGGUUCUAUGGGCAAGUGCCAGAGCAGGUCUGCACCUUGUCUAAUCUGGGGAACUUGUCCUUGGCCAACAACUAUUUCACAGAGGUCGGCCCAGAGUGCAGGAAAUUGAUGAAGAAGAAGCUUCUUGAUGUUAGGCAGAAUUGCAUUUUGGGCGAACCAAACCAGAAAACAAAGGCUCAAUGUAAUGCCUUCUUCUCCAAGCCUAGAAAGUGCCCCAACGAGAAGGAAAUGACCUACGUGCCUUGUAAAAGAUACUUGCGUUCAAAUGAGAAGAAGCCUGAGCAUCAGAAACAAGCUUCUGCCCCAUUGUCUUAUGGCAGUCUUGUGCGACACAGGCUUUGAUUGAUUUCAUGCUGGAAUUGGGCUCGUGGAAGAUGAUGAGCUAGAUGGGUCCUUUGUUAAUUUAUGCAUAUAUAUAUAUAUUUGUAUAUUUUCUUUCUUAAUGAUUUAACGGAGCAAUGUAAUAACCUGCUUUGUAGCCCUAAUUUAAGCAUGCAAGUUUAUAGAAUAAUGAGGUUACUACUUGUUCUGAA